AUGGAGGGACCUAGCAGUGCAGAGGAGGAGAGCGAGGAUGACAGCGAUGGGGAGGCCUUUGACAGCGUCACAGUCGACUUUGACUUUUCGGAGCCACAGGAAGAUGACUUUCUGGGUCUCAAGGUCCUCCUCACCAACUACCUGGACGGUGUCACCUACGAUGGCUCCGGCCUGGUGGACCUGGUUCUGAAGCAUAGCAAGCUGGGCACCGUCAUCAAGUGCGAGGAUGACGUCCUGGGGGUCACCACUGUCCUUCCUUUGGCUUCUGUCGCCGGGACCAGGUCCCUGUCCGACCUGGGGAAGUUCCUGCUGGCGCGGUCGCUCGCUGACAAGGCAAUGGGCCUGCUAUUAAGCGAACGGCUCAUCAACUGCCCGCCGGCAGUGGCACCGCCACUCCAGCAAGCCUUGAGAGAGGACUUGCAGGCCCACCAGGGGAAGGCUGAGCUCAUCUUCACGCAGCCCGAGGUAGAGUGCUGCUUCAAGCACGCGGUCUGGACAGCGGAGUUUGCGGCGAGGGAGACGCAGGAGGGCCGCAACAAGUCCUGCCGACCAGUGCGCCUCAUCCUCUGCAUACCCUGCGCUGCCCUGCACAGGAUAGGACAGGACCUGGAGGCUCUGCUUGGCAGCCCUGCAGAGUGA